AUGGAUAUGAAUGGCCUGUCGGUUCCCACAGAGUUCCUGUCGCGCCACAACUCAGACGGCAUCAUCACUUUUGUGGACCCGCGGUGCAUCAAUGUGAUUGGAUACCAGCCUCAGGUUGGUUCCUCCCCCUAUUCAUCACAAUCAGGGUCUCGUUUAGUAGGGCACGACGUUGCGAAACAUUUAGAAAAUUGCGAAACGUAACCGGAACAGUCUGUGAGGUGACAUCAAAACUAUCAUGUUAUUGAGCGGAACCAUAUUGAGCAAAACAUAUCUGUUGCCUGUGAUGCCACCUGUCAGAGUUCACAAUAAAAGCCCUAUGGUGAACUGGAGCCGCUCGUUCGAUGCCCACUCAUCACAUUCUACUCAUUCUUUAGGGCAAGACAUUGUGAAAUGUUGUGAAAAUGUUGCAAAUAGUGACCAGUAGUGACGUAACCUGUUAAUAGGUUUCCAACCCCCCUUGACGAAAUGGAGCAGCUGAUGCCAUGUCACAGACUGUUAAAUGUAAAGAUGAGGCAGUGUUUCAUUUGAAAUUGAAGAGGCCCGGAAUAUUGAUUUCAUGGUCUUUAUGCACCGCCUGGAAACUAAACUAUGGGAAACGCCAACCGUGUCCGGAUACUGAAUGGUCCUAUGUACUAAAUAGGCUUUUUUGGCUAUGCAACAAUAGUAUGUUUUAUAGUAUGUAUAAUUGAAAAAAAGAAAUAAGUACACUUUAAAUGCCAGGAUGUCCUACUCCUUUCCUAGUAUGAAUUCGCUGCGCACUAUUGAGGAAGAUAAUCUUCUUUUCAGACCAGCGUGUGUUUAAUAACAGAUCAAGGGGACAGGCUGUACUUAGUGGAGUCCUUGUUUUCACCUGUCCCACCAUGUUAGAUCAGCAGUGAAAGGGAGGAAGGGUAGAAUGCAUUUUCACAGAAGCUAUAGAAACCCUGGUUCCUAAUAUUGCCUUAUAAGGAGAGAUGAACCCUGCUUGAUGGCUUGUAAUGUAAGACCCCUGUCUGUGUGUUAGUACGUACUUGUGAGUUUACAGACAUAAGUUACAGUAGGGCCUUUUUAGAUGACAAUCCAACUGCAGGUUUUAAAGAUGAUUUACAAGUGUAUACACAGACAACUAUCUUUUAAGUUAUUUAAAGCUUCAAUAACUUAAGAUUGAAGUGUUCUCCAUUUUCCCAGCAUGACUCUUGAUAGCUCGGAUGUUGGUAAAGACUGUAGGAUAGAGUUACAGUGUAAAGAAUGUACAUAUUGUGUUCCGAAGCGCUUGAAUUUAGCCUACAUCAGAAUACAGAGCGACAUUUUAAACCUGACAGACUGUCGACUGAUCGCUCAAUCAAUUAAUCAUUUAGGGUUGCAAAAAUUCGAAUAACUUUCUCAACAUUCCCCGAUUUUCCUGGUUAUUCCAUCCUGAUUCCAGGUAAUUUCCAACCGGGAUUUCAGGAAGAUCUGGGAAUUUUGGGAAAGUUACCAGAUUUCUGCAAACCCUACAACCAAUCAAUCAAAGACUAUCAUGGCCUAAUCAUUAUCUUUUGAGUGGUCCUUACAUUCCAGCAUGUCUUGAGAGCUCUAUAUGCUGUGUAUUUGUAUUUGUAUUUAUUAUGGAUCCCCAUUAGUUCCUGCCAAGGCAGCAGCUACUCUUCCUGGGGUCCAGCAAAAUGAAGGCAGUUAUACAUUUAAAACAACAUUACAAUACAUUCAUAACAGAUUUCACAGCACACUAAGUGUGUGCCCUCAUGCACCUACUCCACUACCACAGAUCCACAACACAAAAUCCAUGUGUACAUGUGUGUAUAGAGCGUAUGUUAUCAUGUGUGUGUAUGCAUGUGUCUGUGCCUAUGUUUGUGUUGCUGCACAGUCCCCGCUGUUCCAUAAGGUGUAUUUUUAUCUGUUUUUUAAAUCUGAUUCUACUGCUUGCAUCAGUUACCUGAUGUGGAAUAGAGUUCCAUGUAGUCAUGGCUCUAUGUAGUACUGUGCGCCUCCAAUAGUCUGUUCUGGACUUGGGGACAGUGAAGAGACCUCUGGUGGCAUGUCUUGUGGGGUAUGCAUGGGUGUCUGAGCUGUGUGCCAGUCGUUCAAACAGACAGCUCGGUGCUUUCAACAUGUCAACACCUCUCACAAACACAAGCAGUGAUGAAGUCAAUCUCUCCUCCAUUUUGAGCCAGGAGAGAUUGACAUGCAUAUUAUUAAUGUUUGCUCACUGUGUACAUCCAAGGGCCAGCCGUGCUGCCCUGUUUUGAGCCAAUUGCAAUUUUCCUAAGUCCCUCUUUGUGGCACCUGGCCACACAUCUGAACAUUAGUCCAGGUGCGAUAAAACUAGAGCCUGUAGGACCUGCCUUGUUGAAAGUGCUGUUAAGAAGGUAGAGCAGCACUUUAUUAUGGACAGACUUCUCCCCAUCUUAGCUACUGUUGUAUCAAUAUGUUUUGACCAUGACAGUUUACAAUCCAGAGUUACUCCAAGCAGUUUAGUCACCUCAACUUGCUCAAUCUCCACAUGAUUUAUUACAAGAUUUAAUUGAGGUUUGGAGUUUAGUGAAUGAUAUGUUCCAAAUACAAUGCUUUUAGUUUUAGAAAUAUUUAGGACUAACUUCUUCCUUGCCACCCACUCUGAAACUAACUGCAACUCUUUGUUAAGUGUUGCAGUCAUUUCAGUCGCUGUAGUAGCUGACAUGUAUAGUGUUGAGUCAUCCGCAUACAUAGACACUCUGGCUUUACUCGAAGCCAGUGGCAUGUCAUUAGUAAAGAUUGAAAAAAGUAAUGGGCCUAAACAGCUGCCUUGGGGAAUUCCUGAUUCUACCUGGAUUAUGUUGGAGAGGCUUCCAUUAAAGAACACCCUCUGUGUUCUGUUAGACAGGUAACUCUGUAUCCACAAUAUAGCAGGUGGAGUAAAGCCAUAAAACAUAUGUUUUUUCAGCAGCAGACUAUGAUCAAUAAUAUCAAAAGCCGCACUGAAGUCUAACAAAACAGCCCCUACAAUCUUUUUAUCAUCAAUUUCUCUCAGCCAAUCAUCAGUUAUUUGUGUAAGUGCUUGUUGAAUGUCCUUCUCUAUAAGCAUGCUGAAAGUUUGUUGUCAAUUUGUUUACUGUAAAAUAGCAUUGUAUCUGGUCAAACACCAUUUUUUCCAAAAGUUUACUAAGGGUUGGUAACAGGCUAAUUGGUCGGCUAUUUGAGCCAGUAAAGGGGGCUUUUGCUUCCAUCCAAGCCUGGGGGCACACAAAUUCUAGUAGCUUACAUUGAAAAUAUGGCAAAUAGGAGUGGCAAUAUCGUCCGCUAUUAUCCUCAGUAAUUUUCCAUCCAAGUUGUCAGACCCUGGUGGCUUGUCAUUGUUGAUAGACAACGAUCAUUUCUUCACCUCUUCCACACUCACUUUACGGAAUUAAAAAUUUGAAUUCAACGUUUGUCUUUCAUAAUUUGGUCAGAUAUACUUGGAUGUGUAGUGUCAGCAAUUGUUGCUGGCAUGUCAUGCCUAAGUUUGCUAAUCAUGCCAAUGAAAAAAUCAUUAAAGUAGUUGGCAAUAUCAGUUGGUUUUGUGAUGAAUGAGCCAUCUGAUUCAAUGAAUGAUGGAGCUGAGUUUGCCUUUUUCCCCUAAAUUUCAUUUAAGGUGCUCCAAAGCUUUUUACUAUCAUUCUUUGUGUCAUUUAUCUUUGUUUCAUAGUGUAGUUUCUUCUUUUUAUUCAGUUUAGUCACAUGAUUUCUCAAUUUUGCAAUAUGUUUGCCAAUCUGUUGUGCAGCCAGACUUAUUUGCCAUUCCUUUUGCCUCAUCCCUCUCAUCCAUACAAUUUUUCAAUUCCUCAUCAAUCCACAGGGAUUUAACAGUUUAUUACAGUCAUUUUCUUAAUGGGUGCAUGCUUAUUAGUAUCCGGAAUAAGCAAUUUCAUAAAUGUGUCAAGUGCAGUGUCUGUUUACUCCUCAUUACACACCACGGACCAACACAUAUUCUUUACAUCAACAACAUAGGAAUCACUAAAAAACUUAUUGUAUGACCUUUUAUACACAAUAUUUGGCCCAGCCUUUGGAACUUUGGUUUUCCUGGAUAUGGCUACUAUAUUGUGAUCACUACAUCCAAUGGAUUUGGAUACUGCUUUCAAACAAAUCUCUGCAGCAUUAGUAAAGAUAUGAUCAAUACAUGUUGAUGAUUUUAUUCCUGUACUGUUUGUAACUACCCUGGUAGGUUGACUGAUAACCUGAACCAGGUUGCAGGCACUGGUUAGUUUGAAACUUUCUCUUGAGUGGGCAGCCUGAUGAAAGCCAGUCAAUAUUUAAAUCACCCAGAAAGUAUACCUCUCUAUUGAUAUCACAUACAUUAUCAAGCAUUUCACACGUUAUCCAGAUACUGACUGUUAGCACUUGGUGGUCUAUAGCAGCUUCCCACCAGAAUGGGCUUUAGGUGAGGCAGAUGAACCUGUAGGCUUAUUACUUCAACAGUAUUUAACAUGAGAUCCUCUCUAAUCUUCACAGGAAUGUGGUUCUGAAUAUAAACAGCAACACCUCCACCAUUGGCAUUUCUAAAUUUUAUGUAAAUGUUAUAACCUUGUAUUGCUACCACUGUAUCAUCAAAUGUAUUAUCUAUGUGAGUUUCAGAGAUAGUCAGAAUAUGAAUGUAAUCUGUUACUAGCAAGUUAUUGAAUUCAUUAACCUUGUUUCUUAAACUACAUAUGUUAACGUGGGCUAUUUUGAGCACUUUUCUUCUGGGAUGUUUACUUGUUUUUAUUGUUUUACUGGGAAGCUUAGCAGCAGUAGAUGUGCUCAUGUUCUUAAUGUUAGUGCAGGGUGAGCUGCACACAGUGGUCUUCCUCCUCGGGCACACCGGCUCAGUGCUAACAACAGUAUAAAUCUGGUUCUUAGGCACAUGAUUACUGCAUACAAUAGCUGUAGGGUCAGCAGAGGCAUUCAGGGCAGUUAGAGGGACAUAAAUUAGGUUACUUAUAUUGUGUCUACCGAUGCCCCUGGUGUAAUGUACAUUUGCUGAAGCGUUUUGACAACUCUGCGUCACAAUGGUAGGGAUUAGCUGAGCUGGGCUUGGGUCAUUGUUAAGUCAUUGUCUCAACGCAGCCUUAUAAUGCUGUGAAAGGAUCCAGGAACCCAAAUGAUUUGGGUGGAUCCCAUCCUUAUAAAACGUGUUUUGUUUCCAAAAGGUAUCGAAAUUGUCAACAAAAGUUACACCCAUUGAGCUGCAAUAAUCACGUAGCCAGUUGUGAAGAGCAAGAAUCCUGCUAAAGCAUUCAAUGCUACGAUUCAGAGAGGGCACAGGGCCAGAUAUGAUGGGGUUUCUGUUAGUGUCUAGCAGAGAGUCAAUCAGCUCUUAAAAUCCAGUUUCAGCUGUUCAGCUGUUCAAUGGUGUGUGUAUUUAAGCUGGCCUUCAUAAUGUCAUUAAAACCUACAUGGACUACGAUAGAAUCGAUUUCCAUGUCCUGGCAUAGUACAUUCGGGAGCAGCUUAGUAAUGUCAUUUUCUCGAGCUCCGGGAUAGGACAUUGUUUUUGCACCAGGAACGGUAUUGUCUGUGUCCCCCUGGUCAUCCAUAGUGUUUAAUGUUUACAUAUGUGGUCCUCUGUAGCUCAGCUGGUAGAGCACGGCGCUUGUAACGCCAAGGUAGUGGGUUCGAUCCCCGGGACCACCCAUAAUAAAAAUGGUAUGCAGCAUGACUGUAAGUCGUUGGAUAAAAGCGUCUGCUAAAUGGAUUAUUACUAUAUUUAUAUUAUAAUCUUGCAUCACUCAUCUCAUAUGUGUAUAUACUGCAUUCUAUUCUAUAAUAUUCUACUGUAUCUUAGUCCAUGCCGCUCUGUCAUUGCUCAUCCAUAUAUGUAUAUAUUCUUAAUUCCAUUCCUUACUUAGAUUUGUGUUUAUUGGGUAUAUGUUGUGAAAUUGUUAGAUAUUAGGUGUUAGAUAUUACUGCACUGUCUGAGCUAGAAGCACAAGCAUUUCGCUACGCCCGCAAACCUGUGUAUGUGACAAAUAACAUUUUGAUUUGAUUUGUUUAGUUGUUGGCUCUGGACCGGUGGGAAAGUUUAGGACGUGCAUACCACUCACGCACACAAUCACACACAGACAGACCCUUCGGGAAAUACACUCCAUUCUCAUAGCGUUGAAAAGAUAAUUCCUGAUUGGUAGGAAGGCUCUGGAUCAAAGUGGUAUGCAGUUGGAAUUCCUUUGGUCAAAUAGCACUCUCUCCCAAUCUACCCCUCUCCUUUCAACGCCAUUCACACUACAGAAACAGAUUAGCGAAAUUGGGCCGAUUCCUGACGUAAAGUCGCUUUAUUAGGAUGAGAAAGUAUGAUCGCUUGGCAGGGUGGGAGUUUCUUUUGUAAUUUAAUAUCCCUUGUUUAUGUAUAAUGAUGUAUGAUCGUCUACAGCGCAGAUGGUGUGUGUAUUUAGGAUGUUUGUAUAAAGGAGACAGUUUGCUUCCCAAAUGGCACCCUAUUCCCUACAUCAUGCACUACUUCUGACCAGAGCCCUGUGGGGUAGUGUAGAGCCCUGUGGGGUAGUGUAGAGCCCUGUGGGGUAGUGUAGAGCCCAGUGGGGUAGUGUAGAGCCCAGUGGGGUAGUGUAGAGCCCUGUGGGGUAGUGUAGAGCCCAGUGGGGUAGUGUAGAGCCCAGUGGGGUAGUGUAGAGCCCUGUGGGGUAGUGUAGAGCCCAGUGGGGUAGUGUAGAGCCCUGUGGGGUAGUGUAGAGCCCUGUGGGGUAGUGUAGAGCCCUGUGGGCCCUGGUCCAAGGUAGUGCACUGAUAGGCAAAGGAUGCCAUUUGGGAAGCACAGUUGUUGUUGGGUUUUUUUCAUGACAGGAAUAAUUAUUUAAAGAUGUAUCACUGGCUUGAUCUCAAUUCCUCUAUCCUCAAUUUCUCGUAUCCUCUCCUCAGCUCCUUCUCAACCGUAUUGGAGGAGAAGGUCCAAGGUGGCUACCCUUAGACCUUCUUCUCCAAUGAGAAAGAGCCGGGGAGAACGGAUGCAAGGAAUGGAAGACAGAUUAAUUCAAUAAAGGCCAGUGACUCAAGUCCAAGGGUCUGAAUGAUGUAUGACCUGUAUGGCCUGUUUUCCUAACCCAGGCAGAGGAAGCCUAGUCCUGGACUAAAAGGCAUCGUUAAGAAAUAAUCUACAUUGAAGAUGCUUUUUUGUCCAGUAAUUGGACAAAGUUUAAUUGUGGAUCCCAAAGAAAGUAUUUGAAUUGUGUAUUUGUUAUUGUGUGUAAUUAUGUUUUUAUAAUGUGAAAUUGUGUGUAUGGAGUGAUAUUAAUGCCAACAUAUAUUUUAUCUGAAUUUAUACAUUUUUUAUUAAAUUAAAACAUGAACUUGUAUUUCAUGAUUUGAAAUUGACCUGAAGUGUGUAGUUUUAUGAAUUUGUGUGUAUUUAUUGUGUUGUCGUCUUGUGUAGGAUCUGCUGGGGAAAGACAUCCUGGAGUUCUGCCACCCAGAGGACCAGAGUCACCUGAGAGAGAGCUUUCAACAGGUACGGUGAGAAGGAGAGGGAGGGAGGAAGGGAGGGAGGGAGGAGGAGAGGGAGGGUGGAGGAGACCGGGAUGAGGAAGAGUUCUGUCACUCAGAGGACCACAGAGAGACCACUUGAGAGAUCUUUCAACAGGUACUACACCACUGGGGAGGGGAGAGGGUGGGGGGGAGAGGGGGAGCGUGUGGGGGGGAGAGGGGGAGCAGGUGAGGAGGAAAGGGGGAGCAGAAGAGGAGAGGUCGAUCAGGCAAAAAGAGGGAGCAGAAGGGGAGGAGGAGACGGAGGGAGGGAGGAAGAGGAGAGGGGAAGCAGGUGAGGGGAAGGGGGGAGGAGGAGAGGGGGAUCAGGUGUGGAGAGGGGGAGGAGGAGAGGAGAGGGGGAGUAGGCGUAUCUCAAUUAAGCUUGGGCAGUAUACCGUAUACCGGGGUAGCCACGGGAUGGUUUUUCAAUACAGUCAAUAGCAUUGAAACUAUUUCUUUGAAGUUUUCCAAUAAAUUAUAUUAUAUGUAGCUACUUUUUAAGUGAAUACCUGCAGUCAACUUUUGCAAUAUGUUAGGAGAUAAAGCAGAUCACAUUUUCCAUUUCACCUGUCACAUUAUUUGACAUUAUGAAGCUUACCGUAGUUCCCCAGAAUAGUUGAGCCAGUCACGUGUUUGUUUGUAAAUAGCACAACAGGAGCAAGCGGGAGCAGGUGAGUCCAGCUGUGUAUUGACUGUUUUUUCUUUCUUCAAUAGGGUGAUCAGGGAUAGGACUGUUGUGGUCAUUACAUUUUGUCAGCAGCAUCAGAGCUUGGAGAAGCCUAAUUACCUAUUUUUAAUGUGUAUCAUAGAUAGAAUGUAGCUAGCUACAUUUCCUAAUGUUUUGCUUAAAGUAAGCAAGAAAAGUAGCUCCACAUCAGUCAGAGCGCUGUCUGCUGAUAGAAUACCAGUUUAGUUAAUUCUCAUCCCAGUGGAGAAGUGCAACUGGGGGACAAAAUUAGUCUGAUGCCGAGCAGAAAUUACAAUAAGAAGCAUUUUAGAUCUGCAUUUACAAAACACAGCAAGUUAUUUCUUAUGAGUUUUAUGGUUCCGUGUAGCUCAGUUGGUAGAGCAUGGCGCUUGCAACGCCAGGGUUGUGGGUUUGAUUCCCACAGGGGACCAGUACGAAAAAAGUAUGAAAAUGUAUGAGCUCACUACUGUAAGUCGCUCUGGAUAAGAGCGUCUGCUAAAUGACAAAAAUGUAAAUAUAUUUUUCCUUUGUGAAAAAUUAAGAAUUCUUUGUUAACGCGACCCCUACUUUUAACUUGCUAGUUAUCUAAGUAAGUGGCUGAAUUAAUAAGGAGAUGGGGCAUCAUAAUGUUGAAUUACAACAGAGGUUUAAUUACUCUGUCUGGCAGUAAAACUUUCGUCUUCCUGUCACACGCCAGUGGUUCCACUCAGGUCCUCUCCUGACCCUGUCACCCCGAGGUGAAAAGGGAGGCGCUCUUUAAUUAGACACCAGUAGCCCGUCAUUAUGGUCGAAUGAGACUGAGUACAACGAACAGCCCAUUAGAACAGACAGCCCAUCCAAAGUCAUGGGUUGCGUCCCAAAUGGCACCCUAUUCCCUUUAAGGUGCACUACUUUUGACCAGGGCCCACAGGGAAAACCUGGGAAUUUCGGGAAAGUUACUGGAAUUUUGCAACCCUAGGCUCACCUGGAAAUUAAACUAGCAGAAACAUGCUCUUGCUCGGGGGUGAGUUUCCCCCAAACCAUCAAGGUCAUCUUUAGCAUUGAGACCAUCGUUCAUCCAUUGCCUACCAAUGUACUUAAUAAGAUCUUCAUUAUUUGGGGAACUCACCCCAGGUCGUGAUUCUAAAAGACACAAAAUAACCUACCUGGUGAAUUAAAGGUCAUAAAUCCAGUGCCUCCAUCUGCCUAGCCUGAAGACUGGAGCCAUGCCAAGGACUGGCAGACAGGCUAAUACUAUUGGCCAAUCUGUAAUGGUUUAAGAUGUGCUCUGUCAGCAGCAGCUGACAGGAACACACUGCAGGGUCCUUUUUAGAAGGGUGAAAAGUUCACAACGUUGCAGAUAGAAAUGUAAGGAAUAGAGCGAACCCUAUUGCCUAACCCUAAUAAACUGGACUGACGGAUCUGUUCUACAUGAAACAUUUAUAUCUGAGCACCCAGGUGUGUGUCCUCUGCGUUGCGGUUCAGUGUCUCUGCCAGGGGAGCACUGUGUACUGAAUGCCAGCAAUGAGGUGAAAGGUGAAAUGUUGAGGAAUGUUUUGUUAGGGCAAUAUUAUUUUAAAUGUUUGACUCCCUGAUACUCCCUAAUACACUCCUCUGGCAGAGGUUUCCUUCCAUGGAACAGAACCCCACACACACACAUACCUUUCUGACAGGCACACACAGACAAAAUGUCUAAGACACACACUCCUUACCCUCUGACACACACUCAGAUUCUCUUAUCAUCUGGCAGAGAGCUCAUGUCCACCUGUCUGUCCCAGAUAUCUCCUGAUAUGAGCAGCAUAGAGACCUCAGCGCUAUCACCCAGAGCGAACUGCCAAGCCCUGUCAGCACACACACACACACACACACACACACACUGCCUGCAGCUCGACAGACAGACAGACAGACAGACAGACAGACAGACAGACAGACAGACAGACAGACAGACAGACAGACAGACAGACAGACAGACAGACAGACAGACAGACAGACAGACAGACAGACAGAGCGAGAGACAAGUAGAGAGACAGACAGACAGGUAGAAAGAGACAGACACAGACAGACAGACAGACAAACAGGUAGAAAGGCACAGACAGACAGACAGGUAGAAAGACAGACAGACAGACAGGUAGAGAGAGACAGACAGACAGGUAGAGCGAGACAGACAGACAGACAGGUAGAAAGACACAAACAGACAGACAGACAGGUAGAAAGACACAAACAGACAGACAGACAGGUAGAAAGACACAGACAGACAGACAGGUAGAGAGACAGACACUCUGGUACCUUUGUUCAGGUAUUGGCAGACCAAUAGCUUUGGCUCUCAGCUGUGAGUGUCAGCUUUGAUUGGUUUGUAUGCGAUUGACUUUUGUGCAACACACAGUUUGUUUUCGUGGCAGAAAAUCAUGUUUUGUAUUCCCAUGUUUUGUAUUCCCAUGUUUUGUAUUCCCAUGUUUUGUAUUCCCAUUUUUUGUAUUCCCAUUUUUUGUAUUCCCAUUUUUUGUAUUCCCAGCCUACUGACAGUUUAAAAUCUUCAGAGGCAGGUAAUGACAACACACACAGUCACACAGGCACACGUAGCAUGUAGGAACCACUCCAGCUCAAGGUAAUGAAAGAUUGAGAGAUAGAGAUGAGGGAUGUAAGUAUUUUUCACUCAAACGCACUUCAUUCUCUUGCACACCCUCUCGCUCUUUCUUUCUUUCCCUCGCUCGCUCGUUCUUUCUCUCGCUCUCUUUCUCUCUCUCCCCCCUCUCUCCCGCACUCUCUCUCCCCCCUCUCUCUUUCUCUCCCUUCCCCUCACCUCCUCUCUACCUCCUGUCUCUUUCUAUGUAGUUGCCACUGUCAGCCCAGCCUCAGUCGCUGACAGUAGAGUAGAAGUAUUGGGAUAAUUGGUGGUCCGUCUUAACAGCUGUGUCCCAGAUGACACCCUAUUCCCUUUAUAGUGCACUACGUGCUCUGGUCUGAAGUAGGACAUUAUGUAGGGAAUAUAGUGCCAUUUGGGGCACACCCUCUAUGCUGUAGCCCCAUCCUGCCCUGGCCUUUCACUUCUCUCAUACAGAUAAUCAUGAAGACACGAACACACACACGCACAAACACUGAGAUCCUAACAAGCACGGACACACACACCUUCCAGUGUCUCUUUUGAGCCCCUAUACAUACUGCACUAGUUUUGGUCACUUAGCCCCGGGCCUCGGACAACAUUAGUGCAGUACAUAGGGAAUAGUGUGCCUUUUGAGAUUUGCUGCCAAGCACAAAGGACUGCUCCACUAUCUCUUCCUGUUACUGAGGUCACAGGUCAUACAUUCUGACCAAUAGGAUGCUCACUCCUCCCUAGUCCAUGUUUAAGCAAUGAGAUAUGUGCUGAAUAAAAGGUGCGGUCGAAACGUGUCUAAUCCACAUUUGCUCAAGUAAAUAAGGAAAUCGUGCCUUUUUCUCAAAAUAAGAUUAAACUUCUGGCCUUCUCCCGCUCUCGUUUAGCUGGUGGUGCCCGCUGUGUGAAAGGAAAAACACUCUUCCAUGUCUCUGAGAUUGUCCACAGAGCUUUCAUUACGAAUGCCCAUUUCAGAAGCCCAUUUCAGAUCCCCUAUUUGAAAGGCAUUUAGAUGCAAAGCAGUACGUCCAUUAACCAGAUUGACAGGUGAGGUUCACUGGUAUGCAUAGGGAGGGCAUAUUCAGAGAAAGAGGUGUGUCAAGUGUGUGUGUGUGUGUGUCAGUGUGUGUGUGCGGAGAGGUAUGAUAGGAGAGGAAUGGCGAGAUUAGACUGGGUGGAACCGAAAACCUAAAAUCUUCGGAAGUCCACCUGAUUUCCACGCUCCCCACCCAAGAUGGGGAAACUCUCUGAGGAAGACGUCAGCUUGACAGCAACGUCAGUCACCUGUUCUCAUCCUAACAAUGGAUUAAAGCUGACCUUUUUUGUUGAGUACUCCAACUCCUUUCUUCCUCGAAUUAGUCCUUUUUUUCCUUUGUAAGCCCUUUAGAUGGAGGAACAUUUCUCUCUCGCUCUCUCUCCCUCAGCAAUAUGUGCUGUUUUGAAUGUGCUGAUUUCAGCAUUUGUAUGUUGAACCCCCCCCCCCCCCCCACACACACACACACGCAAGGUUCCCCUCCCUCCAUUCUAGGUGGUCAGGUUGUCUGUGAUGUGUCUUAUCUAACCUUCUCUCUCUCUCCCCCCCCCAUCUAGGUGGUAAAGUUGAAGGGCCAGGUGUUGUCGGUGAUGUACAGGUUCCGUAUGAAGAACAGAGAGUGG